AUGUCGUGGUACGAGAUUGGCAAUAAGAACGGCUACAACGAGGGCUACUACGCUGGGAGAGAGGCGGCGCUGAAGGAGCUCAAAAACCAGGAAGGAAUCGACAAGACCAAGCGGGCUUGUUUGGACGAGUUACUGCACCGGGAUCCGCAGAAUACAUACUACUCUUCGAACGUUAUUCGAGACUUUCUCGCUGAUUUCUAUAAGGCGCUGACCGCACCUUCAGGACACAUUACCUUGCAAGAACUAUGCCAACAAUGGAGACCUAAUGAUGAGGAAACUUUCAAGAAACUUGAAGCCAGGUUUAAAGAGGCGGAGGUGACUGGGGACCAGAAGUUAAGCCUUGCUGGAAUUCUAACCUGA